GAACGAGGCUAUAAAGCCACCGCGGAAGAGAUCCAAUUACUCAGAAGCAUCAAAUCCAUGAUGGAGAAGGCAGACAGAUGUCACAUCGUGAUGUACCCAUCACCGGGAAGAGCCCACCUCAAUUCCCUGGUGGAGCUCGCCCAGUUCCUCCUCCGCCACCACUCUUGCCUCUCCGUCACCGUCCUCAUCUCCUCCCCUCCCCACCUCCUCCCUGUCAUCACUCCUUACAUCUCCUCCGUCUCCUCUGCCAACCCUUCCAUCGCCUUCCUCCACCUCCCUUCCGUCUCCCUCCCCCUCUCUCUCCACCGCCCCCACCGGCUUCUCUGACAACCCGGCCAUGUACUUCGAGUUCGCCCGCCUCAACAACCCCAACCUCCAUCAAGCCUUGUCGGAGAUGCUCUCCGCCUCCAAGCCGUCGCAGAAGCCCAAAGCCCUCGUCAUCGACUUCUACUACAGCUCCGCUGCCGAGGUCACUGCCGCGCUUCACCUCCCCACGUACUAUUUCCACCCUGCCGGCACAAACCCUCUCGCCGCGUUUCUUUACCUCCCCACCCUACACAAGCUCACCACCACCAGCUUGAAAGACCUCGACGGCAACGUCGACAUCCCUGGCGUACCACCCAUUCAGGCGAAGCACAUGCCGUCGAGAAUGCUGGACCGGAGCAGCAGAAUCUACGGCCACUUCUUGGAAACGUCGACGCGGCUGGCAGAAUCCGCCGGGCUCAUAUGCAACACGUUCGAGGCGAUCGAGCCGAGGGCGGUCAAAGCGAUAUCCCAGGGACUGUGCGUGCCAGACGGCCGGACUCCGCCGGUGUACUGCAUCGGGCCGCUCGUGGUGGCCAAUGAUCACAUCAGCAGGGGCGAUUGUCUCAGCUGGCUCGACUCGCAGCCCAGCCGGAGCGUCUUGUUUAUGAGCUUCGGGAGCAUGGGGUGUUCUCGUCGAAGCAGCUGACUGAGAUCGCUCACGCUCUCGAGAGGAGUGGGGUCAGGUUCUUGUGGGUGGUCCGUAACCCACCACCAGACGAUGAAAUCUGGCGCAACUUAGCUAUUAAAUCAGAAGAUGAUCCAGGCAUGGAUGCGAUCUUUCCGCCUGGGUUCACGGAGAGAACCAAGGAAAGAGGGCUAGUGCUGAAGUCGUGGGCCCCGCAGGUGGCCGUGCUGAACCACGACUCGGUGGGCGGGUUCGUGAGCCACUGCGGCUGGAACUCGGUGAUGGAGGCGUUGUGGGCCAGCGUGCCCGUGAUAGUCUGGCCGCUCUUCGCGGAGCAGAAGCUGAUCAGGGCGUACCUUGCCUGGGACCUGAAGCUGGUACUGUCAGUGGCCGAGUCGGAAGGAGGGUUCGUGACGAGGGAGGAGUUCGCGGGGCGAGUCACCGAGUUGAUGUGCUCGGAGAAAGGGAGAGAAGUAAGGGAGCGGAUGGCGGAGAUGAGGAAUGCGGCGAGGGAGGCGUUGAGCGAGGGAGGGUCGUCGCGGGUGGCGAUGGCGAAGUUGGUGGAUUCGUUCAAAAGCGGAAUGAUGCGAGAAGAAGAGUAAUAAUAUCAUUUUCUACCCACAUGGAAGAUCAAUGAAGGCAUCGUUUAUAUCCUUGUUUAAA